UAAGAUACUAAGAGAGGUCAAGUUUGAAAGCAACUUAACAUACAAGCAACUAUUAACAUUGGCAAUGUAAGCUUGAUGAGUUUUGAGGCUGCCUGUAGGAGGGAAACAGCCUGGUACAGAGAUCAAGCCAAACCCCAGUCAUUUUUCUUGGAGGAGGAAGCUAUCCUAGCAACUGAAGUGCUCUGAGUUGGUAACCCAAAUAUUUAAAAACACAAGUGGUUAAAGAUUAAUCCACUGUCAUGAUGAUGAUGUGCCAAUAGAAGCUGUGUUUGAAGAUUCAUGUUUUGGUUGAAAAACAAGGUGACAGUAACACUCAAGUAGUACAGCCUCUUACAGAAUAUGAGAUGUUCGAAGCAAAUGGUUACCGCUUGAAUCUAGGAUUUUCCACCAUGAAUGGAUACUCAAACUGUUCUGCUAACCAUACGGAAAUUUGGAGUCGUAAUUUAGUACUUGCACUGGGCAUCCCUCAGCUGACCAUUAACAUAGCAUCUGUGAUCUUCAACUGCACAGCCAUCAUUACCAGAAAGGCAACAAAGGAUCUGCACAAGCCUAUCUCUAUACUCUUCUGCAAUUUGGCUUUUUCUGAUCUCUUCACAAGUUUUUCUGGUUUUUGGAUUUCGAUGCUGUUCAUCACCAAACCUGACGACACAAUCUUUGGAUCUAAGGAUAUGCUUGCACCUUAUGCCUUAUAUACUACAUCUAUUCUAUCCACCAUCUAUAACUUGGUAAGCAUUGGAAUUGAACGCUACCUGGCCGUGGCUGAGAGUAUUAGGACAAGGUUCAGGAUUGCUAGAAACCAUUCCAUAGCUGUAGUUUUAAUUAACUGGGUCCUCGCUUUCUUUCUGGGCUGCUUGCCAUUGAUGGGGUGGAACUGCUUGCACACAGGAAAAAAUCUCUCAGUCCUCUACAGUCCGUUUUGUGUUGACUACCUUAUCUUCAUCACCACUCCCAAUGUUGUGGCAGCUUUUAUUGUUCCUCUGUUCACCUACCUUAGAAUCAUUAUGAUCCUGAGGAAAAGAAAGCUGAGAAUGAAAGCGUGUGGACAAGCUAUCGGUACCUACAAAUCAGCUGAAAUCCAGGUUGCCAGAACUAGUAUUUUUAUAUGGCUCCUGGCAUUGGUGUCCUACGCUCCUCUUUUUGCAGGAGUCAUCUUUGAUGCAAUAAACCACCAGUGCCCCCUCGAUCUCUACCCAAGCGUCUACAUCUUCCGAAACUGCACAGCUAUGCUGAUAACCAUGAACUGUUUGGGAAAUCCCAUCAUAUAUACACUGAAAACCAAAACCCUAGGGGCUAAACUCAAGUCUCUGAAAUGCCUUUCUGGCAAACGUCUCCAAGCCUGCACCAUCGCGAACAUCUAACCGCGGCCGCCCGUGCGCUCCGGACUCUAUUCUGCUUCCAGGGCAGCGGGAGCUCCCCGAAGCGAAGGCCGAACCCUCCGCCGGCUGCGGCGCUUCAGCACCCGCGGCGGGGACAGCUCCGGGCCGGCUGCAGGCGGGGCGCCGCGCGGGGCUCCUUGGGCAGCGCGGGUGCGAACUGCGCUGCUGUGCGGAUGGGAGAUGGGAGCGUCCUGCGUGGGAACGAAUCGCACUGCAUCGGCUGUGUUUGCUUCGCGUUUGGAAAUUCGCUUCUGACGUGCUUUCUCUGCUGCUCAGAUUGUGUUUUUUGGGGUUUUUUUUUGGAAGGUGGAUAAGUGGCUGGAAAAUGUUCAGUUGUGUAGGGGAAAAUGUAACGUUACUUUCUCAUUUGCAGCAUGUAACAUCGUAUCUUUUAAUAUUUGAUGAAUCAGUUAUUGGGGCAUUCAGCGCGGUUUUUCUGUUGUCAGUGUAUCUGCACAGUGUCUAGUGUUGUGUUCCUGUGAGAGCUCUGUGCCCACGUUUUGUGUCCCUGCUUGAGAACGGCAGCACCCUCGUGUACUGUGGCUGCUGACAUUUGAUUCGAUUUAGGAGAAAACCUCAAUGGAGGUUUCAUUAUCGGAACUGUAGUCACGGCACAAAGCAAAAUGAAAUAAAAACCUCAAGAGCACGUGUUUUGUAGAAGGAAAAGGUCUCCUCUCUCUCCCUCUCUCCGAAGAGGAAAUGGCUAUUGGUUAAUUAACUGGUCAGAUCCUGGGCUAAAUGAAUGCUUACAUCGAAUGACACGGAGAUGUUGUCUGGGAGGCUCUCAACGGCCCAGUUUGUUCUCCCACCUCGCACACAGUGACAAACCUGGAGGCGAUGACCAAUAGACCCAAGUGACACUCGCUCAGCGUUCUGCUGUUAAAUCGUGUUCAGAGGAGCUGCUGUGCAGUGGCUGUGAGGAAUGGGGUUUGUGUGAGAGACGGCCGCCCGCUGGUGUAACAGGGAGGCAGGUGCCGUUACAUCAACAAACCACGUACUCAGCAUUUUACAUCAUUGCCAUAAAACCUCUUACCUGUAAUUCUUUACGCCACAGAGCUCUGGGAGAUCGCGGUUAGUUCCAUGACCCCAUUUAGGGACGUGCUUAGUGAUCGUGGUGGGGAUGGACUCAGAGAUCUUAGCGGUCCUUUCCAGCCGGAACGAUUCGGUGAUUUUUUUUUCUCCUGACC